UCUGUCCUUCCAGGAUAGGACGUAGAAGAUGGCCGGAAGGCUGAAGAUCCAGGCUUGAGAGCUUGAAGGCCGUAGAAGUGACCACGCCAGCGUGGGUCACUUCGGGGAGGCAGGAAAAACUCCCUUAGGCAAUGCAGAGUCCUCACUAGUAACCUGACUGCUGGGAGAGAGGGUGAGGACCUGCAGAGAGAAGAAGAAUAUGUCUGGAUGUGGUUCAGCGCUACACGCCGGUAUUACCGGGCGUAUGCUGAUGACGUCGCACUACCGUUCUGUGUAGGUGCGCGUCUAAGUGGACAAGGCAGUAUAAACCAGGAACUUUAUGGAAAGCAGGGGAAUGGAAUCUAUUACCCAAUUGUGAUGUGCUGCCUUUCGGACUAAAGAAAAGGAAAAUUUCAGGCCAGCUUCUACCAAUGGCCUCCUCUAGAAACCUAAACAGGUUUUGGGAAUGGGGCAGAAAGAUUAUCUGUGUGGGGAGAAAUUAUGCGGAACACGCCAAGGAACUUAAAAACGCAGUCCCUACAGAGCCGGUGUUGUUUCUGAAGCCCCCGUCGGCCUACGUGAGGGAAGGGUCCCCGGUGCUCAUUCCUUACUACAGCAACAAUCUGCAUCACGAGGUGGAACUUGGGGUUGUGAUCGGCAAACCAGGCAAGAAUAUCGAGCAGUCUCGGGCAAUGGAACACGUGGGGGGUUACGCCUUGUGCCUUGAUAUGACCGCCAGAGAUACUCAGGACAAGUGCAAGAACAAAGGACUUCCCUGGACUCUAGCAAAGGCCUUCGACACCUCCUGCCCCAUCAGUGACCUCGUCCCCAAAGAGCAAAUACGAGACCCCGGUGAUGUUAAGAUAUGGCUGAAAGUGAACGGAAGUCUACGGCAGGAGGGCAGCACCUCGUCCAUGAUCUUCCCCGUCCCUUUUCUUAUUAGUUAUAUCAGCAAAAUCAUCAGCCUGGAAGAAGGAGAUCUCAUCCUAACGGGAACGCCGGCAGGGGUCGCGUCUGUGCAGGAACACGAUGAGAUGUUGGCAGGGAUUGAUCACAUAAUCAGCAUGAAAUUCAAGGUUGAAAAACAAUCGUAACGGCAAGAGCGAAUUCAAUUUGGAAUCUUAACGCAGAGAAUUUGGAGAUCAAAUAGCAAAUAACCACUAGGUGGCAGAUUUGACUUACAAAACAAGCCUGCUGGCAUCUGCAGAAUCAUUUUUUAAAACUCAAAAACAAGGGCAAAACUGUUGAGAAGUAAACCCUGAAACUGCUUGGGGGGGGUAGUAGGAGGAGGCAGAGGGCACCCCGUGGGGCAUCAACUAAUAAGCAGUUUUAAAAUACGUUUAUAUAAAAGGUUUUAUUCCCAAAUUUGGGGGAUCCUCAAAUGAUGGAUAGUCAUGCCAGCAUCAAAGAUUUUUUUGUGCAACCCUUAGGGGCAGAUUUAUCAAGGGUUGAGUUGAAAAUGUGAAUUUUUAAAUUAAAAAUUCUAGUUUAUUGUAGUGUAAUUUGACUAGGGA